UUCCAAAUUUGCAGCUUGAAAACCCAACCUAAUUAACAUAGAUUUCGGUGACCUUGCAAAAAACCUAAAUUGCUGAGAAAACCCUAAGUCCUCGAUGGAAGCUUCUGGAUCAACAGCCUUUGGACAUAACAUCCUCGCAAUGUUUGCUCCUCUAAAACCCUGAUUAAAUACCUCUCGUUCCUUAAACCCUAGUGCUCACUUUCAUUGAUGGCGAACAUAGCUGUUCGUCUACGCCGCGGCCUGCACCUGGCCAGAGCAUUCUGCACUACAAAUUCACGUUCCUCCUUAGUUUCUUCUUCCUACGGUAAUUAUAUCCCCAAAGAGCCACUGGUCUGUUAUCAGUCAUGGGGUUUCAACCGCUUGUUAACACCAUCUCAAUUCAUGGUCGCGCGUCGCAUGGUUUCGAACUCGCGACCACUGUACUCUCCCGUGGAUACGGGGAGGUCUGGCAAUAAUUUUAGAGGAGACACUGAGAUUCUAUUCGAAGGCUGCGAUUACGAGCACUGGCUUAUUACCAUGGAGUUUCCUGAUCCACAGCCCACACGAGAAGAAAAGAUCGAUACAUUUAUCAAGACACUAGCUAAAGUUGUUGGCAGCGAGGAGGAGGCAAAAAAGAGAAUCUAUGCACUGUCUACUACGACUUAUACGGGAUUCCAAGCUCAAAUUUCAGAGGAAACCUCAGAAAAAAUGAAAGGCCUGCCUGGAGUAGUUUGGGUAUUGCCAGAUUCUUAUAUUGAUCCUGUCAACAAGGAGUAUGGAGGGGACAAGUAUGUUAAUGGAGUAAUCAUACCAGAUACUAGGGUGUAUAAUAACAGGCCUAGUGGCAGAUACAAUGAUAGACCUCGGAGAAGAGAUCCAAUGCCUGUGGAACGGAGGGAUGGUAUGCAGGGAGAUAGAACAGAUUACAGGCCACCUAUGGAAGGAAGAGGCCCAAUCCCAGGAGGGGACCGACAAGGUUACAGACAACCUCCAGUGGAAGGAAGAGGGCCAAUGCCAGGGGAUCGACAAGAUUACAGGCCACCUCCGAUGGAUGGAAGGGGACCACCACCUCGAGAUGAUGGAAGGGGUCCAAUGCUAGGGGACCGACAAGAUUAUAGGCCACCUCCAACGAUUGCAAGGGGUCCUAUGCCAGGGGACCGACAAGAUUACAGGCCACGUCCAAUGGAUGGAAGGGGUCCUAUGCCAGGGGAACGGCAAGAUUACAGGCCACCUGUGGUGGAUGGAAGAGGUCCGGUGCCAGCGGACCAACAGUAUUACAGGUCCCCUCCUGUGGAUGGAAAGGGUUCAAUGCCUGGUGACCAGCAAUACUAUAGGCCACCUUCAAUGGAUGGAAGGGACCGACAAGAUUACAGGUCACCUCCUGUGGAUGGAAGGGGUCCGAUGCCUGGAGACCAACAGUAUUACAGACCACCCCCAAUGAAUGAAAGAGGCCCAUUCCCUGGGGAUCAACAAGAUUAUAGAAGAGGUCCUGCGUUGGGUGAUCGGCAAGAUUACAGGCCACCUGUACAAGAUUAUGGAAGAGGUCCACAGCAAGAAUACAGGCCUCCUAUGGAUGUUCGAGGUCCAAUGCCUGGGGACCGACAAGAUUAUGGAAGAGGUCCAGUGUCUGGUGACUGGCAAGAUUAUAGGCCACCUCUGGAUGGAAGAGGCUCAAUACCAGAAAACAGACAAGAUUACAGGCCACCUCUGGAUGGGAGAGGCUCAAUACCAGAAAACAGACAAGAUUACAGGCCACCUCUGGAUGGGAGAGGCCCAGUGCCUAACUACAGGCCUCCAACGGAAGUGAGAAGCCCAUUACAGGGAGAGCAGAGGGAUUACGGGUCUCCUAGAGAGCCGGGAAGUUCAGUGCAAACACAAGGCAAAGAGCCAGUGCAAGGAGGGCAGGACAAUUUUCCAUGGCCAGUGGAAGGAGCUAGGUGAUUAAACGUAUAGUGGAGAAAUAGAAGAUUAACAGGUUGAUGAAGAUUAUCAUGAAUUUUUCAGCUUUUCAAAAUUGCGGUUUAUGAAGGUGCUCUUUUCCCUUUUAAAGUUGGAUUCCAAUAUGUUGGUUUGGAAGUCUAUCCACUAUUGUUUAUUAAAUUUUGACACAGGCUUGCCACUUGAAAUUCUUGGUUGGGUGGUCAUCUAGUAUUUAGGCACAUUCCUAGAUGCUUUAUAGAUUUGUAUCAAUAAACAUUAAACGUAAUUGAUGGUGUUGCUCUCAGACAAUCCAAAGUGUAAUGGGCCUUGAUGUUGAGAUUUACUGGAAUAUAGAUGUUGAAUGUGUCUAUUCAUACUUUUUA